AUGACACCACAAAAACCAACAUUGGAGCAACAACAAUCACAAAUGCAGAUCAGAAUGCUGAAGAACUCAGGCAUUAUCAGUAAUUACAAUGAAAGCCCACUUUUAAGGGAUGACAAGGAUGAUGAGAUUUCAAGGUCAGCAUUGGCUAUGUUUAGGGCAAAGGAAGAAGAGAUUGAAAAGAAGAAGAUGGAAGUCAAAGACAAAGUUCAUGCUCACCUAGGACGAGUGGAAGAAGCAACUAAACGUUUAGCAGAAAUUCGUGAAGAGCUUGAAGCUUUGACAGAUCCAAUGAGGAAGGAAGUUUCAGUCGUACGUAAGAAGAUUGACACAGUUAACAGAGACCUGAAGCCUCUAGGACUGAGUUGCCAGAAGAAGGAGAGAGAAUACAAAGAAGCCCUUGAAGCCUUUAAUGAUAAGAACAAGGAAAAAUCUCAGCUUGUUUCCAAAUUAGUGGAGCUGGUAAAUGAAAGUGAAAAACUGAGGAUGAAGAAAUUGGAGGAACUGAGCAAAAAUGUUGAAACUCUGCGCUGA